AUGCAGAUGCCAACGCUUUCCGCCCCGGUCAUCAUCGCAUUUUUAUCUUUGGCAAGCGAGGUCGUUGCUUGGGAAUGGUGCACCGUGACAGUCUUCUACCAAGGCAGGACUAGCGGAUACCCACUGCCAACAGCAAAAAAAGUUGGGAUUGUACAAAGUUUCCCUGGGGAAGGGAAGGGAUAUGCUGACUACCAGUAUAUUCUGGAUGAAAAUUGCGACUGGAAGGAGCAUGGUCGUCCUUGGCUGACAGGGAUGAGACUUGAGACAGUACCUUUUGUCGCUAAACAAAAGUAUGAAUAG